CAACCGGAGGUGGUUGAAAACAUAGUUCCGCUUUCCCUGAUACUCGAAUCUGUAGUAUAUCUCCGGAAUCUUACAUUUGUAUUGUCCUCGGACACAGUUUUGCUUCAUAAGAACUCCCAAACUCCCUGUCCUGUGCAUCAAUGAGACCUGACUCUUGGGAUUCUUUCUUGAGAGGAAAUUUGGAAAUGAAUGACUGUUUCCGGGAGGAGUUGAGAAGACGACGACCACUUCCGGUGGAGUGAGGCCGACUGACCCGGGAUGGAGGCGGCGGAGGAGCUACACUUGGAGGGAAAGAGAUCGCAGCUCGGUGAGUGACCUGCAAUGUCUGCUGCCUUCAGCCCUCGCCUGGAAGGAACUAACGUUCUCUGGUCAACUCUCAUGCCUCGUCCCUGCUCCAUUUGAGCCCUGGAUCCUUCUCCGGCGCCCUCAAAGACGCUGGAGGCCUCUUAAGAGCCUCCGAAACCUCUCAGACCCUUUAAAGGCCCCUUUAGAGCCCCAUAGAUCCCUCAAACUCCUGAUGCCUAUCUGGACCUGCGGCUGGCUCCCGCACCUUUUCUUGCCCCACGCCCUCUUGGACUGUUCCUCACCGUUGGCCACUCCCUCACUGUUUUCCCGUCUGCCUGCAGCCCCCGAGCCGUGCCCAGGCCCAGACUCAGGAUGGAGCCCUUCCGGAGAAGGCUGUGCUCAGGCCCUCAAGGACUUCUCGCCGGAGCCGGCCCGAGCCGUCCUCGCUCUAAAGAACCUCCCCCGGGGCUUGGCCCUUGGCCCCUCACUCGCCAAAGAGCAGCACUUGGGGAUCUGGUGUGUCGGGGAGCCCCUGCAGCCUGGACUGCAGUGGGGGCCAUUGGAAGAAAAGCCUGUCUCCGAGGAGAAGGGCGAGCAAGUGGACACCCGGCAGGAGGAGGACCUGUCACUAGGCCCAUGGCGAGACAUUUGUGCCUGUGAGCAGAGUUCAGGCUGGACCAGUUUGGUGCAGCAGGGCAGGCGGGAGAAUGAGGGAAACGUGGCCCCGGUGCGAAUCGGCAAGAGGCUUCACCUGCAGGUGUGCCGGGUCGUGCUGCCAGGCUUUGAGCUGCUACUGUGGCCCUGGCCUCCUGAUGACCCAAGCCUCACCCAGCCCAGGCUAGAGAAAGAGGCAGCUGUGGCUGUGGUGACAGAAGUGGAGUCUGCUGCACAGCAGGAAGGGGCCUCUCCUGGGGAGGAUGCAGCAGAACCCUGCACAGAUAUCGGUCACCAGUGGCACACUAGCCUCCAGGCGGAGAGUACAGUGAGCCCUGGACUUAAGCCCCAAGCCCAGGACCACCUUUCCACGGGUAGCCAACCACUUGGCCCAUUGCUUCAUGACGGGAGCAUGGACGAGGAGGACCCACCCCAGACACAGAUGCCACGUAAACCUCAGAGCAGCGCAGCUAUCCAGCAGGGCCCAGAGAGCAGUGAAACCAGUUCCUCAUCUUCUUCCAGGGACCCCCAACUCCAUGCCUACAUGGCCAAGAAGCUCUGUAGCCCCAGUGAUCAACCGCCACCCAGAGCAAAGACCUCAGAGCCCAAGGACCAGCAAGCUGAAGAGCCCCAGCACUCUAGCUUCCCUGCACCCUUGCGUAGCCCUCCUGCUCUGGCAGGCAGCUCCUCGAAACAGGGACGACGGUACCAGUGUGGGGAGUGUGGCAAGGCGUUCCUGCAGCUGUGCCACCUAAAGAAGCACGCGUUUGUGCACACAGGCCACAAGCCCUUCCUUUGCACCGAGUGUGGCAAGAGCUAUAGCUCGGAGGAGAGCUUCAAAGCCCACAUGCUGGGCCACCGCGGGGUACGCCCCUUCCCCUGCCCGCAGUGUGACAGGGCCUACGGCACCCGGCGAGACCUCAAAGAGCACCAGGUGGUACACUCUGGUGCCCGGCCCUUUGCUUGUGACCAGUGUGGCAAGGCCUUUGCCCGCCGGCCCUCCCUGAGGCUGCAUCGCAAGACCCACCAGGUGCCAGCUGCCCCUGCCCCGUGCCCAUGCCCUGUAUGCGGACGGCCCCUGGCCAACCAGGGCUCCCUGCGGAACCACAUGCGGCUCCACACAGGGGAGAAGCCCUUCUUGUGCCCACACUGUGGCCGGGCGUUCCGCCAGCGGGGCAACCUACGCGGGCACUUGCGGCUGCACACAGGAGAGCGCCCUUACCACUGCCCGCACUGCACGGAUGCCUUCCCCCAGCUGCCUGAGCUGCGGCGCCACCUCAUCUCCCACACCGGGGAGGCCCACCUGUGCCCUGUUUGUGGGAAGGCCCUCCGAGACCCACACACGCUGCGUGCUCACGAGCGCCUGCACUCGGGGGAGAGGCCCUUCGUGUGCCCCCAGUGUGGCCGUGCUUACACACUGGCUACCAAGCUGCGGCGUCACCUCAAAUGCCACCUGGCAGACAAGCCCUACCGCUGCGCCACCUGUGGUAUGGGCUACACCCUCCCCCAGAGCCUCAAGCGGCACCAGCUCAGUCACCAGCCUGAGGUGCCCUCCAUCCCGCCCUCCGUGCCUCCUGCUGCUUCUGAAUCUGCCAUGGUGCUGCUGCAGGCUGAGCCUGAACUGCUGGACACGUCCAGUGAACGGGCAGCCUCCCCGGCCCAAGAUGUCAUUGAGGUCACAAUUUCUGAGAGCCAGGACAAGUGCUUUGUGGUGCCAGAGGAGCCAGGCCCCACCCACAGCCUGCUACUCAUCCAUAAGGACAUGGGCUUUAGUGCCUGGGCAGAAGUGGUAGAGAUGGAGACUGGCACCUGACACCUCGUCUCCCCCUGACAGAGCUCUCUAUAAAGAUUUCUCUUUCUAGCUGCUGAGUGUUUGCGUCUUCUUUCUCUGUGGGUUGCCUGAUAGGGACUAGAGUCAGCUAUGAGAAGCAGGCCAACAACUUUACUUCCUGAGUCCCUGGGUGACACAAAUGGUUAAGCACACAACUACUAACCAAAAA